UAAUGGGCAAAGUCUUUGAAGUGACAGACCUCUUUCCUCACAACGGAAACCAGUGAGGGUAAUUCCGUAAAUAUAGCAGAUGACCCUUUUUUCAAGUCCCCCGGCCCACCGGCGAUGGCUGAAGAUACUUUUUCUCUCAUGUUCAACACCUCACUCUCAUUCUCAGACUAGUUAGCUCACUGGUUUUUGUUUUGAAUUUGAUUUGUUGAAGGAGGGUUGGUUCUUAUCACCCAUUUGAGACCAAUAAUAAAGAAGCUGAAAUGGCAGGUGGGUCGAGGAGGGAAGAUGGAAAGAAAACUGAAAAGGAGAAGGAGAAGGGUAAGGGUAAGAAACUUGGUUCCAUUCUUCCAAGGAUUGAACCAUUUAUACCCAAAAAAGGACACGAUCCAAAUGAGCUAAGAUCUUGGGCUAAAAGGACAGGUUUCGUUUCAAUGUUCUCCGGAGAAGUUAAUACAAGUAACGAGAGACGUGGGAAUGAGAAUAGAAACGUCAAUGAGCCUGAUCCAGAGAAGAACGGCGGCUCAUCUUCUCGAAAGAUUGAAUUUGACCCAAUUCUUGGAAGGACUAGGAAUAGUGAGUUGGAGAUUCAACCCGCCAACGCUUCUGCGAAUGGAAUCCACAAGGUUGGAAGUGUGAGGAAGGUUAGGGAUGGAAAUUCGGGAGGUGGGGAGAAUAAGAGACAAGUUGUUGUUGAGCCGGAUUUGGAGGCUGCAACUAAUGUGAGAAAAGUUGGGUUGAGUUCGAAGGUUAUUAAUGGUGGUGAAAAUGACCAAGGGAGGAAUGUAGCUGUGUCAUCUGCUCCCACUGUUACCGAACAGAAGAAAGAUGGAGUUAUGAAUGGUGAAGCCAGAAUCCAUGUUAAUGGAGGAUCCGGAUCCAGCAAUGGAGUACGAGAGUUAGAUGAUUCAGCCAGAUUGAAAUUCGGUCCAGGAGAGAACCCGGGUUUUGUUCCUCUUCUGUAUUACAGCUUGCAACACUAUCUUUCAUUGGCUGGUUCACUUAUUUUUGUCCCUUUGAUUGUUGUACCAACCAUGGGUGGAACUGAUAAGGAUACUGCUACUGUCGUUUCCACGAUGCUAUUGAUGUCGGGCAUUACCACAUUGCUACAUUCAUGUUUUGGCACUCGCCUUCCCUUAGUUCAAGGGAGCUCCUUUGUGUAUCUUGCUCCAGCUUUGGUUAUAGCGAACUCUGCUGAUUUCCGGAAUCUUACUGAACAUAAAUUUAGGCACACAAUGAAGGAACUGCAAGGAGCUAUUAUCAUUGGUUCAAUUUUCCAAACAAUAUUGGGUUUCAGUGGCUUAAUGUCUCUUCUUGUAAGGAUUAUAAACCCUGUCGUGGUAGCACCAACUAUUGCUUCUGUAGGCUUAGCAUUUUUCAGCUAUGGUUUUCCUCAGGCUGGUAACUGCAUUGAAAUUGGUCUUCCCAUGAUCAUAUUGCUUCUUAUAUUUUCCUUGUAUCUUCGAGGAAUAUCAGUUUGUGGGCAUAGAGUGUUUCAAAUCUACGCGGUUCCAAUGAGCGUUGUUAUUAUAUGGGCAUAUGCUUUCUUAUUGACGACCGGAGGUGCUUACAAUUUUGGAGGCUGUAGUUCUGACAUACCGAGUUCCAACAUUUUAACCGAUGCUUGCAGAAAACAUGCCUAUACUAUGAAGCAUUGCAGGACUGAUGUUUCGAAUGCCAUGAGAACUGCUGAUUGGGUUCGAAUACCCUAUCCUUUUCAGUGGGGAAUACCUACAUUCCGUUUAAGAACUUCACUCAUCAUGAUUGUUGUUUCCAUUGUGGCUUCGGUUGAUUCAGUCGGGACAUAUCACAAGACAGCUGUUGAAUUGAAUUUGUUGCCCCCAAGCAAGGGCAUUUUAAGCAGAGGGAUUGGUUUAGAAGGGUUGUGUAGUUUUCUUGCUGGAGUUUGGGGCAUGAGUAGUGGUUCGUCAACCCUUACCGAAAACAUACACACUAUCAAUGUAACCAAGGUAGCAAGUCGAAGGGUUGUACAAACCGGGGCAGUUUUCUUGAUUGUCUUCUCGUUUGUAGGGAAGAUAGGUGCUAUACUUGCUUCAAUUCCAGUAGCUUUGGUGGCGGCUGCUUUGUGCUUUGUUUGGGGAUUGAUAGCUGCAAUUGGACUGUCGACAAUAAAAAACUGUGUGAGUGGGAGUUUAAGAAAUAUGAGCAUAGUUGGAGUUUCACUCUUCCUUGGUUUGUCCAUUCCGGCUUAUUUUCAACAGUACGAGCCGGAAACCAUAUUCAUUCUGCCUAGUUAUUUGCUUGCUUUUUCUGCAGCAUCAAAUGGACCAGUUCAUACUGGUAAUGUGGAAGUUGACUUUGCGUUGAAUGGGAUUCUAUCGAUGAAUAUGGUGGUAACUUUGAUGGUGGCAUUGGUGCUGGACAAUACAGUCCCGGGAACCAGGGAAGAAAGAGGAGUGUAUUCACGGGGUAGUGCUGCUGAUUAUGAAUAUGAUGACGAUCAUCAUUGUGAUCAAGAAGAAGACUCAUCAAGAAGAAGAAGAGAUCAACUUGAACUUUAUUAUGGGUUGCCAGGAAUAAUAGCUCCAUGGUUCCGUUGGGCAAAGUGUCUAUGCUGAUUGAUUCAUUGAUUGAUAUAUGUAACUAUGUAUUUGCGAUCAGAUCCAUCAAUUACACAUAAAAG